UUCACGUGACCCAACUCCUCUCUCUAGCUCCACCCCGGGAUCCCCGGGAGCUCUGCUGCUCGAGCGGCAGCCGGAGACCCGCGGCUGCUGCGAAUGGUGGCGGGAGGUCUGGCUAGGAGUGGGAACGUCUUUCCUCUAGUGUCCUCCAAGCCUGGGGGCUCUUUCGCCCCAUAACUGGGGUUGGAGUAAAGGCGCAGAGCAGGGUUAGAAACCUUCGGCUUGGGCGGGCACCGAGGUGGCGUGUUGAAGUCCCCAGAAGAGGCGGAGCUGGGGGGGAGGGUGCUCCCGUGAUGACGGCUUUUUGGGAGGGAGGUAAUGAGGAGAGGAAGGGUCGUUGGCGGGGGAAGUUCGAGCUAGGCAAUACCAUGGACAGAGUUGGGGUCCCAGUAGCCCCUCCCAGACUCUGGAUGCUUAGCACCCAGUGAGAUUUCAGGGGGUUUCGCUCUCUGUUUCUGAGUCCGCGGGGUUGAAAAACAACAACCAAACGUUUUCUCUUUACUCAAGGAAAGAGUGGAGAGCCCAGCCAUUCAACUGGCGAGACCUCCUCCUCUCAGUGGGAUACCUCUGUUUUGGGAGGGACGGAAGGAACAGAGGACGGGGGCGUAGAAUACCCUCCUUGAAUGCAAAAUGCUGUCUUCUCAAGUUGUCGAGCCCUGUUUCGAUCCACAAAUAUAAGUGGUGGCCGUGGCUGUGGUGACCACUGGGGAAGAGGGAGGGAGAGACGUGCGUCGAGAACAGCUUCUGACUGUGUCCCCAUUGUCAUGUGUGUGAGACCCAAGAGGGACCCGAGAUGGGGAGUAGUAACCUCCUUCUCCCCUCCUGAGCAAUAUGCAGACGUGAGGGGCUCAGUGACCUCUACAGGGCACGGUGAUUCCGCCGCCAAGGCCCUCCCCGUCAGGCACAAGUUGUCAUUCGUUCAUUCAUUCAUUCACUCAUUCAUUAGUUCUUCUAAGCCCAGGCUCCAGGCACCCAGACUAUCUUUAGCUGUGUGUGAAGCAGAGGCUUAGAGUUGGAAGAUUGGGGCGUGGGGGUCGGGGAGGAAGAAAGAGGAAAGAGCAAAGACAGUGUCACCAUGGGGCACAAUGAAAGCUGGAUCCCCCGAGACGCCAGCGACCGAGGCUUCCCCCGAGCUUUAGGGCCAUAUAACGGAUCCAGCGCUGAGGCCGUCUGGACCAAUCGAAGUUCCCUUGGGGUCAGCACCUUGGAAAGCGAGAGGGAAGCUCAGACCUAUCGGCAUUUCACCACAACCGUGCAAAUUGUCAUCUUCAUUGGCUCUUUAUUAGGAAACUUCAUGGUGUUGUGGUCGACCUGCCGCACAACUGUAUUCAAAUCUGUCACCAACAGGUUCAUUAAAAACCUGGCCUGCUCGGGGAUCUGUGCCAGCCUGGCGUGUGUACCUUUUGACAUUGUCCUCAGUGCCAGCACCCACUGCUGCUGGUGGAGUUACACCAUGCUCUUCUGCAAGGUAGUGAAGUUCUUGCACAAAGUGUUCUGUUCCGUGACGAUCCUCAGCUUUCCUGUCAUUGCUUUGGACAGAUACUACUCGGUCCUAUACCCAUUAGAGAGAAAAAUCUCAGACGCCAAAUCUCGUGAGCUGGUAAUGUACAUCUGGGCCCAUGCGGUGAUCGCCAGCAUUCCUGUCUUUGCUGUGACCAACGUGGCUGACAUUUAUGCCAUGUCCACCUGUACAGAUGUCUGGAACUAUAACCUGGGCCAUCUGUUGUAUGUCCUGAUCUACAACAUCACGACCGUCAUCGUACCCGUGGCCAUGGUCUUUCUCUUCAUGAUUCUCAUUCGCCGAGCCUUGAGUGCCAGUCAGAAGAAGAAAGUCAUCAUCGCAGCCCUGCGGACCCCCCAGAACACCAUCUCCAUCCCUUACGCCUCUCAGAGGGAGGCUGAGUUGCACGCCAUGCUGCUCUCCAUGGUGACCAUAUUCAUCUUCUGUAGCGUCCCCUACGCGACGCUAGUUGUCUACAGGGCCGUGCUCAAUGUCUCCGAUACAUCGGUCUUCCUGCUGCUCACUGCCAUCUGGCUGCCCAAAGUGUCUCUCCUGGCCAAUCCUGUGCUCUUUCUGACUGUAAAUAAGUCCGUCCGCAAAUGCUUGUUGGGAACCUUGGUUCAGCUUCACCGCCGGUACAGCCGCCGCAAUGUGGUCAGCUCAGGGAGCGGGGUCCCUGAUGGGGCCCUGGAGCCCAGCAUGCGUUCGGGAAGCCAGCUCCUGGAGAUGUUCCACAUUGGGCAGCAGCAGAUCUUCCGAUCCACAGAGGAUGAGGAAGAGAACGAGAUCAAAUCCAUCAGCUCCACUGACUACCAGGUAAAGGAAAUCCCUGCUCAUAGCCUGGAGGGAGAGCAAGAACUCCAGUUCGCUAGUCCCCCAGCGCCACCUGGCACGGUGGAUUCUGUGGGUCACGGGGUGCUGGCAAUGCCCGCAGAGGUCGAGGUGGCCCCUGAAAAAUAUUCUCUGCAGUUUGGCUUUGGACCCUUUGAGCUGCCUCCCCAGUGGCUCUCAGAAAACCGAAACAGCAAGAAACGGUUGCUUCCUCCCUUGGGGAACACUCCAGAGGAACUGAUCCAGACCAAGUUGACUAAGCCUGGAAAGGUGGAGCGGAAGAUCAGCAGAAACAAUAAAGUCAGCAUCUUUCCGAAAGUGGAUUCUUAGCAAGGGCUGGAGCCCUGGUGCUCUGCCUUUUUGAGGUUGACCAUAUUGUGCGAUCCCAUGGAUCGGCAUUGAAAUCUCUUUUGGUGUUUGUAUGUGCCAGAGACAGAAACGGGAAAGGGAAACAUAGAUCCAAGUAUUAUUAUUAUUUUUUUGUAUAUGUUUCUUAUGUCACAGAUGUUAAUGAUAAAGUUCACAUUCUACUUUGUGGAAACUACAGAGGUUCCCUCUGACCCUUAUAUACUUCCCCAGGGCUUCUCCUCCAGGCUCCCAUAUUUACCUGGUAGGUUAGGAACCUAAGAAAAUCACUCAGCUGACAGCUGUCUGAAGGAAACUCAAGAUGACUGCAAAUAAUAGAUCAUAAAGACAAAAUAAAAUGUCUCAUGUCUCUGAAUAUCACUUAAAUUAUUAAGGCUUUAAAAAAAAUGUUUAUCUAGGUCUUUUACUUCCUAGGAGGUUAAACCAUUUUAAUUGACAUCUCACAAUGAUUUCUUGUUAUUUAUACUGUCACAUAGGAAGGGGAUAUAAAUCCCCUUUCUAUCUUAUAUAUAUGGAAAAUGAAAUACCAACUACCACUAGUAGUGUAAAAAACUUUUAACACCUAGAAGGUAAGCUUCAUAGACCUAUUCUCUAAGUUACAGUAAGUAUUCGAGAAUAUGUGUAGCUGCAAAGUACUGAAAAUUACCCUCAUAUCCUCUUCCUCUUCCAUAGCUUGUUACAGCAUCAGUAACUGAAAGAGGCAGCUGGGAAGAAAGAGCUGGUCUCAGAACUAGGAAGACCUGAAUUCAAGGCCUUCUAUUGACACACACUGGUUGAGUAAUUCCAGGCAAGUUACUUAAUCUUUCUAUUUUCUUGGCCACUUACUGAAACUGUAAGGUGCCAACCUGCUUUGGUAGAGAGAGUUUUUUCAUCUGGGAAUUCCUUCUCCUAUACUAAGAACAGGUCCAAUCUUUAUCAGUAACUAUCUGUUGUUCAGUUGUGUCCAACACUUUGUGAUCCCAUGUAGGGUUUUCUUGGCAUAAAGUACUUUGCCAUUUCCUUCUCCAGCUCAUUUUACAGAUAAGGAAACUGAGGCAAACAGGGUUAAGUGACUUGUGCAGGAUCAUACAACAAGCAAAUGCCUAAGACCAGAUUUGAACUCAGGUCUUGUUAACUAUAGACUUGAUAUUCUAUCCACUAGGCCACCUAACUGCCCUGUCAGUAAAUGAAAAGGACAUCCUCAGAAUAAGGACCAAGAGAGACUGAGAAGAAAGGAGAUGUGUCUUGCACACUGUAAUUUUUCUUCUUAUUCCAUUAAGAGAAAGGGGCCAAAUGAAGACCAGCUGAAGUAAAAAUACAUUGAAAAGAUGUAAAUGGGUUAUCUUUAAAGUUAUUUUUGUAUAGAACAUAUUCCCUUUUGAAAUUAUAUGACAAUUUCUACUCACCUUUAUAUAAAUUAAAUUCUUUGGGAAAUCAAUCUAAAAUGAAUGAGAAGCUGAAACAUUCAACAAACAUUUAUUUCCAAGAUUUGCUUCUCUCAGAUGGAUUUCUAGUGUGAGACUCAAGAUGCAUCCUGGAAGAGGAAGAGCACCUCUUCUAGGGAUGUAUAAAAAGUUCAAAUCCACAUGAAAAAAAGAGACAUUUUAGGUAACUGAACCCCUACCACCCAAGGCCACUAGACUCUGGUGAGAGUAAAGGAAGUGGCCCUUCUCAAAUAAACCCCUUCCCUUUUCUAGUCAGAGAAAUGUCUGUCCUUAUGAGAAGACUCAGGCCCUCCUUAGGGCUUCCCUCCCAUCUUUCCUUUCAUUCAGUAUGUUGUCAUAUGUAUCUUGAGUGUGAGUUUUAAGGCAUAAUAUUUUGUAAGACUGCCAUCCUUUACUGUGGGCAGUUAAAACCCUUAUUUUAGUUGCAAGUAAUAGCCCUUUGUUACCUCUCUUUGUUGUAUUUCCCCUGAUGUGGUUGACCUCUAAAGCACAAAUAGUGACUGUUAUAUACACUCUCAAGGUUUGUACUUAUAUUCUCUCUGUGCAUGACAGACCCAACAUUUAUAGUUUUUGCUAGUGUAUUUAAUGUGUUCCUUGCAGUGUGGUUUUCAAAAACAUGCAAAAUCAUUACAACUUUGAUUUAAAACAAAAAUCAGAUGGGAAGUUUUGCUUAGUUUACACAAAUUUGCCAACUGUGGACAUUUCUGUGUUGUUUUGAGAAAAUAUGGGUAUAUUACAAAUUCUGCUGAGGCAGGUUAUGAUGGGCAUAUUUCUUAGAUAAGUCUGAAGCAGAUUGAUGACUUCUGACAAAUCAGUGCAGAGUGUAUUUCUAUGACUUAAAGACACACAUUUUAAUAAAAAUGUAAAAAGCAAUUUAUAAACUCAA